GCUUGACUCUAUCAAACCAAACGACCCUAACCCCCACGAGAACGACCCCAUGCAAGUGUGCUGAACCAGACAAAGUGCCAUGCAAAGAAGGGAUUCCUGAUCUAGGCGCAUGCAUAUAUAAACCCUCACGCACGCACAUGGACUCCCCCAGCGUCCUUCCUACACUCCCCUAUCCCAAGCCAUCCCAACCCAACCCAACCAGACAAACUCACCAGCUAACAGCUAGCCAACAGCUAGCCGAACUAACCAGCCAAACUAACUACAUACUCAAAGCACAGCCAGCCAGCCAGCCAGCCAGCCAUCACCACUCACUCACCCACACCCAAAGGACCUACCUUUAACCAAAAUGUGCGAGCAAGUCUACAG